AGUAACAUCGGUACUACCAGCUGAUCUUUGGCCCUAGCUGCUGCUGCUGCUGCUAUGUUCAAAGUGAACGGUGAAUUGUGAUGGCCGUGAUCUGUCGCGAAACGAUAUAACGAUUUCAAGAAAUUCGACUAGCAAAAAUAUAAUACGCCAUGAAUAGUCUAAUUUAUACGAAGACAAUGAUAAACGGCCACUCCGGAAUCAUACGACGAUAUUCUCCAUUUAAAUUAUGGCACAAUACCAAUCAUACAAUGAGUGGUAUAGCUCUAAUUUAUACAGGUUUGAGGGAUCCAAAAAGAUUAUUACUGGAACACAACAGCACAGUAUCACCAAAAUAUAUUAAUAAUGUAACAUAUACACAUCUGUAUGUUCGUACAUUUUAUAUAACUCCUCAUUGGAUGGGACAAGAAUCAUCAUCUAAGGUUGAAGAAACAGUGAAGAACAUUAAAGAGGAAAAAGAGCUUAAAGAUAAAAUGGCAGAAAAUGCUGCAAAAAUAAGCUGCGAGCAGCCAAAAAAGGCUGUUGCUAAGGUCACAAUAUGGCAGAAAGUCAAAGGAGAAAUAUUGCAUUAUUAUCAUGGAUUUCGACUAUUAGGACUUGACAUGAAAAUUUCGGCAAAGUUAAUAUGGAGAAUUUUACAUGGAAAAGAGCUCAGUAGAAGGGAACAUCGCUUGCUGGUGAAAACAACUGGAGAUGUGUUCAGACUUAUUCCUUUCUCUGUUUUUAUUAUUGUUCCAUUUAUGGAAUUUUUACUACCAGUAGCAAUUAAAUUAUUCCCUGGUAUGUUACCUUCUACUUUUCAAACGGCAACUGAAAAGGAAGCUAAACUUAAACAGGCUUUAAAGGUUAAAAUAGAAAUGGCAAAAUUUUUACAAAAAACAUUAGAUGAAAUGGCAGUGCAAUCACCAGAUCACAGAUCUGAGAAGGCUAAAGAAUUUGUAGAAUUUUUCUACAAAGUACGAACAACCGGUGCUGUUGCCACUAAUGAAGAAAUUAUGAAGUUUAGUAAACUUUUCGAGGAUGAAAUUACAUUAGAUUCUCUGUCACGACCGCAAUUAAUUGCUUUAUGUCGUGUAUUAGAUGUGCAAACACUUGGAACUACCAAUUUCUUACGAUUCUUACUCAGAAUGAGAUUAAGAAGUCUUACUGCAGAUGAUAAGUUAAUUGAAAAAGAAGGAGUUGAUUCUCUAACUAGAACUGAAUUGCAACAAGCAUGCAAAGCACGUGGUAUGCGUGCUUAUGGAUUGCCAGAAAGCAGGUUAAGGGAACAAUUAUCAUUGUGGUUAGAUUUGAGUUUAAAUAAAAAGGUUUCACCCUCCUUACUGUUAUUAUCACGAGCGCUUAUGAUACCAGAAGCAAUGCCUGUGUCAGAUAAGUUAAAAGCAACUAUUUCGGCUUUACCUGAUGCAGUUGUGGCCCGUACAAAGGGUGCUAUUGGGGAGAAGGAGGGUAUAAUGGAUCAUAAGACAAACAUUGAAAUUAUAAAAAUGGAAGAGCGCAAGAUUGAAGAAGAGAGAAAGGAAAAGAAAGAAAUCGAACCACAGCCAAUCAUCUUGGAAUCAUCUAAUGUAAAAGGAGAUGAAAUUACUACUACAGAUGUCAAAGUUUUGGAGCAAGCUCUGGAUUCAAUUGGCAAGGACAAUAAAAAUAUGGCUGUAGAAAAAGAGGAGAUUAAAGAACUUAAAGAAGAAAUGGCAGAAUAUCAAGAAGAUAUUCAGGAAUUAGAUCAAAUUAAGGCAGAGGCAAAAGGUCAAGAAGAUAUAGAGAAUAUUAAAGUAUCAAAAGGUGCUAAACGGCUGUUUAAUAAAGUAAACAAAAUGAUCUCGAAAAUGGAUGCCGUUUUGUCAGAGCUCGAACAAUCUGAGAAAAAAGUUAAACAAAGAAUGGAGUCAUUAGGUCCCGAAAAACCGGAUGCUAAAGAUGUCGAGGAAUUAGUUAGAAUAGACGAAUUGGUUGCAGCCAUUAAGCAAAUUCAAAAUGUACCUGAUGAAUAUCGAUUAAAACGCAUAGCAGAAAUUUUGGAAAAAAUCGAUGACGAUCGAGAUGGUUCUAUCAAAAUAGAAGAUGUCUUGAAGGUUAUAGAAUUAAUAGGAAAAGAAGAAGUUAAAUUAAGUAAAAAGCAGGUGGAUGAAUUAAUAGAAUUAAUGGAUAAGGAAGAAGUAUUAGAAGUAGAAGAACAAAUACAAAAGUCAUUAGAAAAGGAUUUGAAAAUAUCGCAGGAGGAGGGUAACAUAAAAGCUACACAUAAAUCUACAGUUCCAGCUACACCAGUAACAAUUGAACCAGGAUUUGGACAAGAGGAACUAGUAGACGAUGCCGUUAGAAAAACUGGCAAAUCUUAUACAGGUCCAUGUGUCGAAGAAGGCAAACAGAAAUCGGCUGCUGUUCUAAAAAGUAAUACUAAAUCCGAUGAAGUUAAAAAUCCUCCACUUACAUCAGGUCCACCGGCAGCAAAAAAGGCGGAAGGUUCAAAACACCUAUGAUUAGCGCACAAUAAAGUAUAAAUUGAAAAUGUAUGUAUAAUUAUAUUAAAGCAAUAUUUUUAUCAAUGUAAAGCCCGGUAUGGAUUUUCGUCUGUAUGAUAUCCUGUAUACAUAUUUUCAUUUUUAUGUAUGAAAAAGAUUUCCAACAUUAUUUUCAACAAAUAGAAUAUAUAAUUAAAAAGAACCGUUUUAUACUUGCAUAAGAAAAAGAUGAUUUCAUCAAUAUAAUUAGUCGUUAGUAUUUUAUUGCUUUGUUAUAAAAUAUGUAGAUAUACAUAUUUGCUAUAUGAAAUAUUUGACUAUUUAAUUUUAAUUUCAUACUUUAUUAUAUGCAAACACAAAAACCCGAAAUUUAUAUGUGAACACAAAAACCCCCGAAAUUUAUAUACAAACACAAGAACCCGAUAUUUAUAUGCAAACACAAAAAAAAUUUCUCAUUGAAGACUGUGAUGCAUUUAACAGCAUCAUUUAUAUUGUUCUCUUUUAUUUGCAGUGAUAAACUUAUAUUGAUACUAAAUACAUCGUUAAAUAUUUAUUCUGGAAUUCAUUAUCGAUGUUAUAUUUUUAACAUUGAUCAUAAAUUACGGAAUAAAAAAAUAAGAGAAAAAUAUUCGGUUUUUAUAGCAGUGCAAUUCAAGUUCAGUAUAAAUCGAGAUGUAAUCAUUCCAUCUACUUGAAUAUCGUUGUUAUAUUAUUUAUGAUAUAUUAUUCUGAUCAUAUAUCAUAAUUAAAAACAGCAGCUUUACAUUGUACAUGGACUAUUUCGUAAUCUCAAUAUUGAGCUACGUGAAGCAAAACAAAUGUGUAAAUUUAAAAUUUAUUUUAUCAUCUAUAAAACACACAGGAAAACAAAAUUCUAUUU